AUGGCAAAUAAUAGAACUAGCAAUCAAAUAAAUUGUGUCUCGCUUUGCAACACAAAUAACUCUCAACAACAAAGACAUCGAACAACUCCAUCUCAAGCACAAUUUCUUGAAAAUUAUUUCACAAACGUUGAUGAUUUUCCUGAUUCAAAUAUGAGAGAAAAAAUUGCUCUUAAAAUAAAUAUGCCUUCCAAAAGUGUUCAUAUUUGGUUCCAAAAUCGUCGUGCAAAACGUAAACAAGAGGAUAGAACUCGUCAAGAACAAGAGACAAUUCGUUCUGCGCGUUCAUCAUCUUCCUCAACUUCUACAUCGCCUCUCAAUCGUACUAUCCUUUCGCAACAACAGUCACGUGCAUCAGAAUUGAUGAUUACUUCUCGCUAUUUGAUUUACGCUAAUACUCACGGAAAUCAUAAUCGCGGAUCCAUCGCUUCUUCGCGACAAUCAUUGGCUCACGUGAAUCGUCAAACUACAUUACAAAAUAAUUGUAAACUUGCUCCAUUAAGAAAUGUAACUUCAAAAGACGAAAUAAUUAACUCUCAAGGCGAAGGCACCAUGCUUCCAUCUUUACAUCGCAUCGUCUCUCAAAUCGUUUCUACAACCUUUGGUGAUAAAAAUACACCAGCAAAUCGUAACAAUAAUGCCUCUCAUAACUCCUCUCCUAAACAGUUUUCUUCGUCGUCAUCUUCAUCGUCUCACGAACAACCAUCAACGUCAUCUACGUUAUUUUGUCCUCCAUUUAAACCUUCUUUUUCUUUACAUCCUUCUCAAUUCUCAGUUUUGCAUCACGCUAUUUUGAAUGCAUCUUGUUCAAAUACUGCUUCAUCUGGUCACAUGAUGGUUGACUCUUCUUAUGAAAAGAACUCUCACUCUCACAGAUUUAAUACCGUAGAAAAAGCUGAUGAGAGUGAAACGCAUAAUGGUGGAGUUGUUAGCAUGAGGAUCGAUCGCCUGUUGACCUAA